AUGGAUUUGUCUUGCCUAAGCAGACAAUGGUGGUUAAUUGUCACCCAGUACUACUCGCGCUACCCUGAAAUUGCGCGAUUAUCGAGCCUAUCGGCCGCAACGGUUGUGAACCAGUGGAAGUCCAUUUUUGCACGACACGGCAUGCCGAACGAAGUAAUAUCCGAUAACGGACCACAGUUCGCCGGUGCAGAUCGAGUCAUCAGAAUUUCGAAAAUUCGCAGAGGAAUUCAAGUUCAAACACACCACUUCGAGCCCGAGAUAUCCCCAAAGCAACGGCAUGGCAGAAGCAGCCGUAAAGGAUAUAUGAAGAAAACGGGGGAUCCGUACGAAACGCUUCUUUCCUAUCGGUCAACACCCCUCAAGAAUGGCUACAACCCAGCCGAACUACUGAUGGGUAGACGAUUGCGAACUACACUUCCCGUAGCGGAAGAAAUGCUGCUACCCAAGAAGGUAGACCACGAGGCCGUAAAGAAGGUCGAAAAGGUACUGAAACAGAGACAGAAACAACAGUACGAUAGACACUACGGCAUUCGACCUCUCUCUGAUCUUGAUGAGGGUCAAGAUGUAUGGGUCAUCGAUGUACAAAGAAGAGGAUGCGUGAAAGGCCCAGCCUCAACACUACGUUCCUAUCUCAUGGCAGCAGAGAGCGGUGAUCUUCGCCGCAAUCGGUCGCAUCUCAUCCCGCUGUCACACAGUUCACGUGAUGACCAGUUGGCCGAAACUACAGACCUCGAAGGUGCACAAAUGCAUGAAAGAAUUUGCACAUGUGAGAAUAUGUCUCACAUGCAUACCAGAAAUGGUCUCUGCAUUACGCCAAAGACUUUCCCUGAGUCAGAGACUUCCAAAGGAGGGGAAAUGUGA